AUGCGCCGCAAGCCUCCCCGAAAGAGCACCGGCGUGCGUCCAACAGGCCAGCUGGCGAUGGGCUGGCUGGGCGGACGGCUGGACCACAGUCCAGUACCAGGCUGCUGGAAAGGCGAUCAACAGGAGAGAGCAGGCGACGAGGUCGAGUGGCCCGCCCGCUUCCAGGAGGAAGGGAAAAGCCAAGUCAGGGCCAGAUGA